AUGGGUGUAUCAAUAAAAAAGGUUUUCUCGGCUUUCAUUUUCGAUACAUUUUACACUUACUCAACAGUUAAAGUUGUUCAAGUACCAAAUACAUUCGUUGCUCUUCUUUAUCGUUUACUUCAAUUAAUUAUAUUUGCUUAUAUAGCACUUUAUAUCGUUUGGUAUAAACAAGGUUAUCAACAAUUUCAAGAACCACGUGGAACAAGUAUAAUAAAAGUCAAAGGAAUUGCGAAAGUAACAGGCAAUUCUACAAUAUCCAACGUUGGUACUGAUUCAUCACAUUUAUGGGAUACAGCUGAAUAUCAGCUUCCUCCACUUGAAAACAAUGCAUUUUUUAUUGCUACACGACAAACAGUUACUUAUAAUCAAGUAGAAGGAAAUUGUCCAAGUGCACUAGAAGAUAAAUUAAUUUGUAAUACAACAUCAACAAAUGACACAUGUCCACAAGAUCAGCCAACACCAAAUACAUUUGGUUAUUUUACUGGAAAGUGCGUAGAUAGUGUACAGAAUGAGUCUGUAUCUGUUUGUGAAAUACAUGCUUGGUGUCCUGAAGAACUUUCAAAAUCAACUGAAUACAUAAUGAAUAGUGAUGAUGUAGCAAAUUUUACUGUUUAUUUAAAAACAGUGGUAACAUUUACAUUGUUUAAUAUUACUUUGAGAAAUGUUCGUGAUGAUACCAAUUUCUCAUGCCGAUAUGAUAAAGAUAACGAUCCUCGAUGUCCUAUUAUACGUAUUGGUGAUAUUCUUACUAAUCUUAAGACAAAUAAAACAGCUCUUUUACUUGAAGGAGGUUUAAUUGAAAUUCGUCAAGAUUGGACAUGUAAUUUUGAUUUUCAUCAAAGUCGUUGUUAUCCAACACUUGAAUUUAGUAUAUUACAAAGUGGUGAUGAUAAAAAUUCACCCGGUGUUAAUUAUCGAUCUGGACAAAAAUAUCAUCAAAAUGGUACAGAUUAUCGAAUCCUAUCAAAAAUCUAUGGACUACGUUUUGUUAUUGCUAUAUCAGGAAACGGUGGACAAUUUAAUAUAGUUAAUUUAUUUGUUGCUAUUGGUUCUGGUAUUGGAUUUAUGGUGAUUGCAGAUAUUGUAUGUGAUGCAAUAUUUACGUAUAUUCAUAAAUAUCGACAACGAUAUCGUCAAGGAAAAUUUAGUACAGUUGAAAUAAGUUCAAGUCGAUUGCAUUCAGAAGAAAAUUUAGUACGUUAG